AUGGCCAAGAGCAAGAGACGAGCGGUGGACGCCGCCGGCGUGCUCUCGGACGAUCUCAUGCGCGAGAUCUUCGCACGCGUGGCGUGGGGCGUUCUCGACCUCAUCCGCUGCGCGGGGACAUGCACACGGUGGUUCCGCCUCAUCAGCUGCCCGGCCUUCCUCCGGCGCGUCGGCAUCUCGUCGGAGAACGCGUGCCACAGGUCCUCCUUCCUCCUUGGUGCCUUCUACAUACCGGAAGCGACACCCAUUAAAAUACCGAAACUGGGCAAGAGAAGGAAAUCCCACUUGCCACCGCGAUUCUUCAAGCUUUCUACGGAGCAAACCCGUGGCGAGCGUCUCACCUUCACCAAGUUCAUCCCCAACAAGAACGGAAUCUUCAACUACGCGCGGCCCCUGGCGGCGCAUCGCGGCCUUCUCCUAGUGGAACGCUUGACCCAUGACUGGCAGAAGCUCCAUCUAGCUGUGUGCCAUCCCCUCAUCGGCGAGCGGAGCACACGUCUUCUCGCACCGCCUCCGCAGGAUCUGGACCCCAUCAACGUCGGGUAUUAUAUGACCGGCUAUGCCAUUGUCACGGCAUCAAACCACGUGCAGCCAACCUUCCAAGUGCACUUCACCAUUGAAUGCUAUGAUGACAAACUUGUGUACGUCUUCUCCUACUCCUCCGCCAUGGAUAGUUGGAGUGCACCUAUCAAGUGCUUCCAAACUUUCGGCCUCACCAGGUGUGGGCCACGCGCUGGCAUGGUGAACAGUGACAUCGUGCACUGGUUGUACAGAGACAAUACCAACUUCUGCACCCUCAACAUAAGCGCUGAUGCAACACAUGUCUCCUUAACCAAGAUCCCUAUUCAAGUCAAACGUGGCUUGUCACCACCGUUCCCAUGCAUCCUUGGGGAAGGAAAGCUCUCAUUUGUUAAUGUCAGAGACAAAGAUAUCCUUGAACUUUGGACCAAGCGAGAACAAGACAAUGAUCAUAGUUGGGAGGGUAAGGAAGGAUGGGUGCACUCCGAGUUGAUGCCCCUAGAGGUCAAGGGAAUUGAGAUCUUGUACUUCGCAGAGAGCUCAUGUGUGAUAUUCAUGCUGCAAAAAGAGUGUCCUAGCAUAUUCGCUCUUAACCUCGUGAGCAAGAAAAUGGAGCAUGUGAUAGAGGAAGACGGCAAUAUGAGCAUGUUUUAUUCAUACGUUGGUUACGAAAAGUGGAGAGACCAGAGUCAUGUGCUUUACGAGUUAGAUUGGCCGUCAUACCUAUUUCACCUAUCAGCUAGAAGCCAUGAGGUACAAUAA